AGUAAACAGGGAGCAGUGUUGCAUCUUAGGCUAUCUGGUGUUAUCAUAUCUUAAAUUGUUUUAGGUCUAUUAUACAAAAGUUAUAUAGUUAAAACAAUAUAGGCUAAGAAUCCUGUAUUAUGCUUCAAUCAAGAUGUGAAACUUGAAGACAUUGUUGGAUGCGCCGCCGCCGAGUUUGAAAAAGACUCUUAACGAGACACUGGCUUCUUUGCCCAGCUAUGCCGAGGAAGAGGGGAAACAAGAACAGGGCAGAUGCCCCAAAGCAGACCUUCCACAAGAAGGGCAAUAGGCCCAAGAGGAAGAAAGACACGGCGGCUCAGCCACUGGAGGCUAGUGCUGCUUCAGUUGGUACUCAAGAACAAGAGGAGGACUGCAUUACUGAAAUGACACAAGAAGAGAACAAGCAGGACACGAGUCAGAUUCCUCCAGAUACGACCCAGAAGUCCAGCGAUGACCAGGCUGCUAGUAAAGGUCCAGAUGGGGAGACUGGGAAACCCGACGCCCUAAAUGUGAUGAGACAUCGAGGGAUAGACGCACAAACGCAGACCGACUCAGUCGUUCAGACGACACAGGAAACCCAGACAGAAGAACUCGCUGAGACCGCAGUGCUGACACGAGGGCGAACGGGAUCUGGAACAGCAGCAGCCAGAGAGGGGAAGGAGCCCUCACCACCUGAGACCGAGCAACGACGACAGGGCUCUUUGAAGAGAAAGGGAGAAGUCAAGGCGAAAGACAGUGACAAGGUGUCUGAGAAGGAGGUGAAGCAGGAGACAGAGAAGGACACUGACACAGCACCGGAGAGGACCAAUCUGCGAGGAGCCUCAGAGAACCUAGACAGAGAAGAGGAGAAGAUGGACACUGAUGAAAACGGGCACAUGGGGUCGUCCACUGAUCCGCCUAAACAGGGAGGGCCGAAAUUGUCAUAUGCUCAAGCUGCUGGAUCCAAGAAAGAGACCAAGGAUGGACAGACUACAGGAGAGAUCAAAGCCCAAGACUCCAGCAGAAAGCCAUCACCAGAAAGGCCUGUUGAUCCCACUGGUCCUGUGUUCACCAUCCAUGUCUAUGCGGUGUUGGACAAAAAGUUCAAGUUCAACCCAGAAUUAGACAAAUGGAUAUUGAUUUUUGGCAACAGUCACAGAGAACUUGACAUCACUUAUUUUAAAGGGCUAAAUAAGCAAGGCUAUCUUCUUGAGGCAACACUGUCUGUGAAAGAAGAUCAGAUAACACGUGGAGAUUAUUUCUUUUAUCAGUAUGGUGUGCAACAACGACAAAAACAGAUAAAGGAGAUUGCCACUAGGUGUAUUCGUUUCCCAUUUGAAUAUCAAGUCAAAGAGCUGUACCUCUAUGAGGGCCAUAUCACUCGCUCUGAAUCCUGGGGCACCUCGAUCUUGAAUUGGUUAUGGUCAAAUGAAAAGCACAUUAUGGAAACCUGGGAAACUUCCUCCCGCAUUCUACUGGACAGGAUCUUUCAGAGAUGGGAAACCUGUGACCAACCAGCCAAUAAGCUGAUAGCAGAUCAUUUAAAUUGCUAUCAGAGAUGCUUUGGUGACACACAACGUAUCACAUACGGAGAGCAUGUGCAUCCUCCAGCUCUUAAAAUUUCAGAGCUGAUUGCCGGACGAUUGGGUCAGCUCUUGUCUGGAAAGGGAGAAGGAAAAUUGGCACAACACCUGACUGAAAAACCACUUCUGUGUGGCUUUUCAUUGUUUCAAAUAACCCGUGCAUGUCGCCUUGAACUUGGGAUGAAGGACUUGACCAGAUUGUGCCAACUGGUAUCUUCAAGUACAGCACUACAAAAGCAAAAUGUAGAGGAGAUGCAACAGAUUUCUUCAUCUCCAGCACAUUUGGUCUAUGGUCUGGUGAAUUACUGUGCCAAGAACAUGGUGUCAGAGGUGGUGCUGCUGGUCCCACUGCUGCAGACUCUCAGGCAGCCAGGAGCAGACUCACGCAGGCUUGGGCCCACAGUGGAGGAGCAGAGCUGGGCUGGGUUGGAAUACAUAGAGUACAGUUCCUUCAGAGAGCGUCUCAGAAGCUUCUCCGAUAAGAGAAGGUUCAUGAUGGAGUUUUUUGACAAUCACAAAUCAGUAGCCCAGGAGAGGCCUCACAUUUUAGUCAGCUGGAUAUCUAUGGUGGCCCUGGAGGACAUUCCUGACUUUGUCACCCUGACUAACAUUGCCCCAGAGUAUGUCAUUCAGAGUUUAAUGUACAGACUGAGGCAGUAUGAGCAAAGACCAGACAAUAAUACAACUCCAAAAGUCCUUCAGGUAACUGAGCGCAUCCUAUCCCUUGUGCUAAAGAAAGUUGAGGAGGAAAAAGAGAGGAUAAGUGGAUUGGAGCAGGUUGUAUCUGUCUUCCAGUGUUGUAUCCGUGUUCACAAAAGCACUCUUCAGAUGGCACGGGUCAGCUCUUUGUACAAAACAGCAGUGUUAACUUUCCAGCUCUUGCUAAAGGUUGCUGAAAUUCUGGACAUUCUGAUUGUGAAGACUUAUGAGGGUGAGGAGAGUGCACAGAAACAGAUCAAGCUUGUUAAGCAACUGGAAGAUACUCAACAGGAAUUUGGUCGAUGGAGAGACGAACUUCUUCAGCUUCCGUUAAUGAGGAACAAAUUGUUCUCCUAUCCAAAAGAAAUUGAGCUGUGGGAUGCCUUGUUUGGGGUGGAGUGCUCAGUGAAAGAUGUGGCAGAUCAGUGGAGGAGUCGACUGGAGAGGGAUCUAACAAAAAGGAUCUCCCAGGUCCAGGACAAUGACAGGGUUGCUCUCUACUGUCUGGAGUCAAUUGUCACAACUAUGGAAAAAACACACGUGACCAUCCAGACCUGCUUUAAAGACUCAUGCUCAUUAGCGAUCAAGAGCAUUUGUCAUAGUGGGAGAGAUGGAGAUCUUGUGAAGCAUCUCUUCUCUUGCUCUAGUGCACCCCCCUCCUGGAUCCUGUCUGCCAUCAUAGUGCAGUCUUCUGCCCGUUUCACCGGAAAUACAAUUGGCCAGCUUUUAGUGCCUCAGUCUGCCAUUUCCCAGCUACUGUCCAAAGCAGGCAACCAGACAUGGCCAUUGGAUGAUGAGGCUGGUGCGGUAAUACAGAGAUGCCGGACUGCCUUUGCUGACCUGGUUAGAGGCUUAUGUCAGGGUGACGUUCUCCUUGGUCAUCUGGAAACCACCCUGAAACAACGAGAUAACUUCAGAAAACUUUAUACUCAAGCUAGAAGAAUUCAAAAGGAUGAAGUAAUCUCUCUUGAUCCAGAGAAACUAUUACUUCUUAGAGAGAAUGAUGUAAAUGUCUUUUAUGAUCAGAAAGCAAACAUGGAUGUUCUCAUCAAGAUGAUGGGGAAGGUCUCAGAGUUCAUUGUUGCACAAGAGAUGCCGAUCCUUGAACAGCGCCACAGAGGCGUUGAUCUGGAGAGCACUCGUUUGAAUCAACUGGUGUCAGUUCAACCCUUCAAUCUUCAUAAACUGUGUGAACAGGUGGCAUCCCGAGUGGUAUUAUGGUACAGAUUAGAACCUGAGGUUUUACAGAUGGCCAGGGAAAUGUCUGAAGUGGGAGACAGCAGCCUCCUCCUAAGCUACUGGGAAGAGGAGGCAAAGUCAAAAAAAUCAUGGGCUUCCAGCGACAGGCCAGUGACUCUCACCCUGUCAUAUGUCUGUGAUGAAGUCUGGGAGCCUUGUUUCAAUGGCCUCCGUCAGCUCGGUCUGAGUAUUGCAGACUCAUCUGUGACUUUUGAAGAGCUGAAUAGGACUCUGGAGAGGGCAGGAGACCAAGGCGACGGUGCCAGAAUCCAAAAGGAGCUUGUCCUCUUGGAGUGCAUGCUGGUUACUCAUGAAGGCCUGCAGUCCGGAUGGGCUGAGCAGAGACUUCCGCAGAUACAGCAGUACCGGCAGCUCCAAGAUGCUUCAGAAUCUGCCUGUGUUAUUAUGGACAUCAGAGACAGUUUGCAGUUGACAGGAGACUUUGGUCAAAUCCACUGUCUCACCCAACUGAGAGAAGCGUCUUUCCAACAGAGAAACCUAUCAUCACUGAGCAAUGAGCUCAUCAGUGCUCGGCAGUCAUUGUCCCGAGUCACUCCCAAGCACACAUCCAGUCUAAAAGCACUUGUAGACAGCCACUGUCUAGUAGAUUGGGUCCAAAACAAUCUCAAGAAUCUGAGUGAUCUGAAGGUCUUUGUGGACUUGGCUUCAAUUUCUGCUGGCGAGAAUGACACUGAAAUCGACAGAGUUGCCAACUUCCAUGACGCUGUGAUGGGCUAUAGUCCACUUCUCUACUUCAUGCAGACCACAUCAGGAUUUAAGGAAUUCAUGGGUUGUACUAAACAACUUUGGGACACCCUGGAAAGAGAUGAGAAACUUCCAGAGAAACUACUAGAUUCAAACCGCUGGCUUGACUGGUUGAAAGGGCUGAAAGAGACUCAUGGAUCAGUGGAACAGUCUUCUCUUUCUCUUGCAUCAGACAUCAAUAACCAUGGGGUGUACCAAGUGCAAAGAUUGCAGGAUCAAACUGGCAAGACAAGCCUGCAUAACAUGCUUUUAGUGAGUGUGCAAAACCAUUAUGGAAGCAAGACAUAUGGGUUGGAUGAAUUGCUGGAGCUACAGAACAAGCUCAUGUUGAUGUCAUCAAAAAGAGAUUAUGGGAAGGAGCACGUCAACAGAUUCACUCAGGUAUUUGAAGGAGUUCAGAUACUGGCUGGUAUCCUUCUACAACUCCAGUCUGCUGGAAACAUGUUUUUCCGGAACUGUAAAGCCAGCGUCCAUUGCAACCAUGAGGAGCAGCCCUGCAUUCGGUUGCAUUUCUAUCUGCUACAAAAAGAUGUUGUCAAGGAGUAUCAAGGAGAGGUCACAGAACGUCUACAAGAGCUUAGCCGCUCCGUGGAGUCUUGCUACAAGGACUGGUGUGCUUUUUUAUCUGAAAUACGGUCACAGUUUCCUACACUGAACCACUUUUCUUCAGAACAACUGGUCUACUUGAGCGAAUCAAUUCACAGCAUCUGUACCAAGCGGGUUUCUGUGCCACAGAAGUUCUGGCAUCUACUGGCCCCCAUUAAAUCAGGCUGUACACUGAGUGAUGUUAAGAAGGCUUUAGAGAAGGCGACAGUUGUGGAAAGUACCAGUGCAGAGCUUCCAGACUCUGAUCUACAAAACAUUGAGGAAAUCAGUGAGGAGGGUAGUGUGGAUAGCAGUGUUUAUGGGUCUGAAGAUGAAUUGGAUUAUAGCAAUGAUGAAUCCAUUGACUCUCGCCCCUCAUUUCAUCCUCAUGAUGAAAUAAUGGACCUGGGCACUGUUGAGAGGCUGGAAGACCUUUGGCAGAGUUUCAAAGAAGACAUGUCAAGGUACUUAACAGAACAAAUAGACCUCAGAACCCUGGCGAGUUUCCUCACUUUCCUUUCUGAGAUGAAUGAGCAUCAAGUCAAGCGGAAACUUCCUCCCGGUUUUCAGGAAGGCAGGCCUAACCUUGUUCUUUGCCCAGCAACUGAGGUGCUUAGAACUGCACUGUCUGUUUACAUGCAAAGUCCAGACCAGACACUUCCUUCCACUGAUGAGGUCCUCAUGUGCCAGGAAGACACCACAGAAGAGCAAGUUGAAAUAUUUCUGCGGCGAUGUCUCACAAGAUGUGCUGUGAGGAAUUGCCAGAAGAUCUACAGUUUGAUAAAUCCAGACCUUCUGCCCUACGAUGUGAGUGUGGCCUUGGGGGAGCACUUUGAAGCCUUUGACAAAAAGGCAGGUCCUCACUAUCGGUUGGUGAUGGUCUGCCCUGUGACACACCAGGGUAGAUACGUUCCAUCUUUCUUCAGCAACUUCAAGGUUCAAGCAGGAUUAAGUGCCCCAGCUGAUAGGGCAAGAAGGUACCUCUCUCACCACUUAAGUCUUCCUUCACAUCUACACCAUCUCCAAGGUGUCUACCCAGACAACCUAUCAGUUUGGAUCAUAUCAUCUGAACGUCCUGCUGUUGGAAAAUCCCUCUACAUCACCCGUUUGUUUGAGAGAUUCAAGACUACAUUUCGUGGUGGUCAAUACAUAAGGAUCAGACUAAUAGAGCCACAAGUAAAUAUGAGUGCAUUCCUGAAGAUAUUGACAGAGAAAUUGAAUCACCUGAGAGAGCAAGAUCCUGUUCUUUUGCACAUUGAUACUGCUGCAGUUCAGCUUGGAUUGGAGGAGUUCUUGUUUCAGUUCUUGAUUCUUGGAUGUUUGAGUGACAACCAAGGAAAUCUUUGGAGAAGAAAUGCAUUUCAUCUGAUGUCAGUUGAGGUUCUACAACCACACUCUGCAUUUCAUGGUCAAGCAUCAACAAAAGAGACAGGGCUUCUUUGCACAUUACCUACCAUCCACUGCAGACCACCAAAUGAAGUCAAACAAUUGGAGAACAAUUUUUUGAAAAUCAGGAACAGACAAUUGCAGAGAAACUUGGACCCUUUGAUGGAUGACCAAGAGUUUCAGAGUGAAGGGAUUCAAAGGCCAUAUCAGUUUCUAAUGAGAUUCAACCGAAAUGAUAACUUGGAUCGUUUUGCAUAUGCAGAAGGGUCUGUAGAGGGAAACCACAUUGACUGCCUUCAUCACCUGCUGGCCAACUGUGGUUUGAAAGACCCAUCCUGGGCUGAACUGAAGCAUUUCACUUGGUUUCUCAAUCUGCAGUUGAGAGACUGUGAGAGCUCUAUAUUUUGUGAUGCAGAUUUUCUUGCUGACCAAUUGCCUGGAUUUAAGAGCUUCAUCGUGAAGUUCAUGAUCCGAAUGUCCCAGGACUUUGCGUCACCAUCCCUGGAUAUCUCUGACCAGAGUCCCUCCCUUAUCAGCAGUGGUGAUGGUGAAGUUGACCCUCUGGCUCAUCUGACUAUACGUAAACGUUGGGAGACAGAGCCUCACCCAUACAUUUUUUUCAAUGCUGACCAUAUGUCUAUGACUUUUCUUGGAUUUAAUGUGAUGCAAAACCCCAGAAACAACAUCCUCAAUGCAAUUGAUCCAGUCACCAGAAGUGUAUUGGUGGGCAAUGUGAUGUCACCAGAGCUGUUUGCAGGUAUAGAGAGACAGCACAUCUCUCUGCGAGAGGAUUUUGAGGACUUGCCUCGAGAGGUCAAAAUUCAAAGAAUUUCCAAUGUUGUGGGCGCAAAAUUGGGUUGGGUUAAAGGCAGAUUUGAUCCAGACCCAACCUAUGAACUCACUGCUGAUAACGUGAAGAAGAUGUUGGCCAUCCAUAUGAGGUUCCGCUGUGGAAUUCCAGUGAUCAUCAUGGGGGAGACGGGCUGUGGAAAGACAAGACUUGUUCGCUUCCUGUGCGAUCUUCAGAGAGAAGGCAAAAAUGUCCAAAAUAUGAAACUUGUCAAAGUUCAUGGAGGAACCACAGCAGAGACCAUCUAUAGAAAGGUACAAGAGGCUGAAAUAUUGGCAAUUGAAAAUCAAAGGCAUCAUGAAUUAGACACUGUUCUGUUUUUUGAUGAGGCCAACACAACCGAAGCUAUCUUUGCCAUCAAAGAAGUUCUCUGUGACAAGACAGUGCAAGGAGUCCCAUUGAGAGCCAACUCUGGUUUGAAGAUCAUAGCUGCAUGCAAUCCCUACAGGAGACAUUCAGCAGAUAUGGUGGCACGUUUGGAGCGUGCUGGCUUGGGAUACAGAGUAAAGGCAGGGGAAACUGAGGACCGACUUGGCAAAGUCCCCCUGCGGCAGUUGGUUUACAGGGUUCACCCCUUACCUCCAAGCUUGAUACCCCUAGUAUGGGAUUUUGGGCAGCUGAGCAACUUAGCUGAGCAAUCUUAUAUUAAGCAAAUAGUUUGGAAUCAAUUUCAAGAUUACGAUUUGCCACUGAGUUAUCAGGGUAUUAUCUCUGAUGUGUUGGCAGCCUCUCAAAGGUACAUGCGCAGUCGAAAAAAUGAGUGCAGUUUUGUCAGUUUGAGGGAUGUAGAGAGGUCAAUGAGAGUGCUAGUCUGGUUUUACCAGCAUAGGGACCAACUUUUUCCUCAAUGUGACCAAAGGAACACUGCCCUGAUUACUCUGAAAUGCCUUGCCCUUGCAGUGGGAGUUUGCUAUUACCCAUCCCUGGAGUCAAAAGAGGAAUAUCUGACCACUGUUAGCCGACACUUUCCCAAACCACUAAACACCCAGAGUGCCCUUGAAGAGGAAAUCCUCUCAUGUCAGGACUUGUUUCUGAGUGAGAUUCAGACAAGAGAAACAAUAGCCAAAAACAUAGCUCUGAAAGAAAAUGUCUUUCUCAUGGUGGUCUGCAUUGAAUUGAGAAUUCCACUCUUCCUUGUUGGCAAACCAGGAAGUUCAAAAUCUCUUGCCAAGACUGUUGUUGCUGAUGCCAUGCAGGGACAGAACUCACACUGUGAGUUCUUUCAGCAACUCAAGGAGGUGCACAUGGUCUCCUUCCAGUGCAGUCCCCACUCAAGUCCUGAAGGGAUCAUUGGAACUUUCCGAAAUUGUGCUCGUUUCCAGAAGGAAAAGGACAUGGAUAGGUAUGUCUCAGUGGUGGUUCUGGAUGAGAUUGGCCUGGCUGAAGAUUCCCCACAGAUGCCCCUCAAGACUCUGCAUCCUCUUUUGGAGGAUGGCUCCAUUGACAGUGAUGAAUCGGAUCCACACAUGAAGGUAGGAUUUGUUGGAAUCUCAAACUGGGCCCUAGAUCCAGCCAAAAUGAACAGAGGGAUUUUUGUGUCUCGUUGGGACCCAAGUGAGAAAGAACUGGUAGAAACAGCACAAGGGAUAUGCUCAUCCUCAAAGGCCAUUUUACUGAAAAUCAAGCACCUCUUCCCACAAUUAGCAGAGGCAUUUUUGAAAAUUUGCAACGAAACCCAGUUCUUUGGGCUCAGAGACUACUAUAGCCUGGUGAAAAUGCUUUUUGCCAUGGUGAAAAAAACGGACAACGAACCAAGUGAGAGCGAAUUGGCGGAGGCCAUCUUGCGGAACUUCAGUGGUCAGUGUGAUGGUUUUGAUCCCCUCUCAUAUUUUCAGAAUGUAUUCCAAAACCUCAAAGAAAUUACUCUGCCUUCAACUUUAACUAUGGUUGAAAAGAAUCUUGAAUUUCACAACAACGAAUGCCGAUAUCUUCUUUUGCUCACAACCAACAAUGCUGCCCUUCACAUCCUGGAGCAGCAGAUCUUUUCCAAAAGCAAGUAUCCCACUCCAGAAAUUGUCUUUGGAUCAGGAUUCCCCAAAGACCAAGAAUACUCUCAAAUCUGCCGCAAUGUCAAUCGAGUGAAGACAUGCAUGGAGACUGGCCGCACAGUCAUUCUCCUGAAUCUUCAGAAUCUCUAUGAGAGUCUGUAUGAUGCGUUAAAUCAGUACUAUGUGUAUCUAAGUGGACAGCAGUAUGUUGACCUGGGACUUGGAUCACACCGAGUCAAAUGCCGAGUUCACAAGGAUUUCAGACUUGUUGUGGUGGAGGACCAAGAGAAGGUGUACAAACAGUUCCCAGUGCCUCUUAUUAACAGACUGGAGAAACACAGGGUGAACAGGAGUACUGAUCUCACACCUUGGCAACUCCGGGUCCUGGGAAAGCUCAAGGAAUGGGUUGAGGAAUUUUGCCAACACUCGGAGGAGUUCAAGCCAUCGGAAGUCUUUGUGGGUUUCCAUAGUGACGCUUGUGCCUGUGCCCUCUUGCAGGCAUUGGAGAAAAGAGACAAGCUGAGAAGUGAAAUGGCUCAAAAUGGUGAAGAUGUCAAAGAUGAUGUACCAGACGAGUCAAUCAUUGAGGAGCAGACAACAUCUGACACACAGAGGGAAAGAGGGGACAUUUUGGAAGCUGUUGGCGAUAAUGAGCAGGAGAUCCUUGACAGCACUGGUGAGUCAGAUAUAGAGAUGCAAAGUCUUCCAGAUCAACAGGAAACUUCCACAGGGGAAUUUGAAGGCCAAGAACAAGAAGAAACUCAUUCAGGAAUGGCUGUGGAGAAAGAAUCAUCAGGAAUGGAUGACGCUGUGCAAAUGGACCAAGAUACAGUUGAGGAUGACUGUUCUGAAAUGACAGAUGACAAAAAAGAGGAGGAGGUCUUUGACAUUGCCAAGACAUUCCUGUUAAACUGUUCUACACCUGACUCAGUGCUGAGACUAAAGUAUUCACACUUGGGGAAUCAGGAGAGAGAGGAGCUUCAGCAAAUGUACUUUCAAAGACAGCACCAUUGUUCCUUGAGAGACUUCAUUAACAACCAUCUGAACCAGCCUGAAAACCACUGCAGAUUUAUAGAGAUAACUACAUUCUCCAGUUUGCUCACAAAAGCUGAUGUGCGCACAAUAGCCAAGGCUCUGGGAUUAACCACUGAAAGACUACUUCUACUCUCCCUUCAUCAAUUUGACACAGAGGCUUCUUUCUGCAGCAAAAUCCGGCACUUUCUCCGCAAUGCUGGUCAAUCCCUCCACAUCUUACUGGUUCAGAUGGACACGGAAGAAUCCAAGUGCAGUGAGGAACUUAUAGCAUCGGCAAAGUAUUCCACUAUGAAUGAACUGAUCGCCAUGGGGUCUGAUGAGUUCUGUUGUUCUGUGGUCUUCAUCACUAAACUCUCUAGAAUGACAGGCGGACCUCAAUACAUUGGUUUUCAAGGGGGUGUGUGGCUCUCUGUGCAUAUUGAUGAUCUCAGAGAUACGGAAGACAUGAGUUUAGACCUCUCUGCAUUCUGUGGCGCCUCCAUGAGUGAGCUGAUGUCUCUACCUAGUCCAGAUACAGAUGCCAUGAACACAGAAGACAGUUCUGUUGCUUCAAUGGGGACCGGACAUGGAAAAUGUGUACAUCUGGAUAAUUUAUCCCUUGUGAGAUCCUGUAUUCAAAAGGCAGUGUCAUUGCUGAAAGAUACCCAAAACCCCAGGAGUAUGGAACGUAUACGUAUAGUUUUAGGCUUUCUUGAGGGAUCCCAUGGAAAAUCCAGUGCAGCACGUUUUCAGAAGGUGUUGCUGAGGAGACUUGUAGACGCCUUGGCGCAAAAGGAAGAGCUCAUGCCAAACCCAAAAGACUGGGUGAACAAGGAGGCUGGGAAGCGACAAGCUUUGCAAGAGAGUGGCACUCUUAGGCAUACCCUUUGGCGAUGUCUGCUAUCAACUCUUACCCCAAUUUUGGCCCGUAUCCUUGAGGUUCUUGACAGAGACGCUAACCUGGACCUGGCUUACUCUGCUGGCCUAAGUGAAGAGCUGAUCGAUUUUUGGUUGGACAUCUUUGAUGACAAGCAAAUAUUGGACCUAACCUUUUCACAGACAUCAAGAGGAGAAGAGGAGAUUAAAGUGCAGGCUAAUCUGAUGUUGGGAGGUCGAGAGCAACCCUGUCGAGCUCCCUUCAGCUGGCUCAUCAGAUCCUACUACCACGCCCUGUGGGAGGAAUCCCAAUUUGUUCCUGGUGAUCAGCAGCAGGGUAGCCAAAGGAUUCGGCAGUUCGUUGCCUCAGCGUCCAGCAGCAAGCUGGGUGGAUACCUGGGAAAUCUCUCAGAGCAAGGUCGUCAGGAAUUUGGCCUGCUCUAUUUGCGCGACUUUGUGCUGUUGUGUUUUAAAGUACAGUCGGAGGAAGGACUUGCGAUUCUUUGCAAAGCGGUGCUGGGCUGCAUCUUUGCUCUGCAGCAAUCCAUGUCUGUCGCGUCCGAACUCUGUCCUGCCUGGAUCCUUGCCGCAAGUAGACAUUACUCAUCCCGAUUGGAUACUCUGUUUCACAUCCUGGAGCUGCAGCCCCAUCUAGCUGCUAAGAUCCUAAAUAAGGAUUCACAACGAGAGGCUACAGAAAUGAAAGAGGACAUUUGGGCGCUUGGAAUGUGUGUGGAAGAGACAAAGCUUCAGACAGUGACCUCUCUGGAAGAGAGCAGAGCCUUCCUGCAGAGAGUGCAGGUUUUGAAGCCUUGUGUGGAGAGAGCCUUUGGGCAAAACUACAGAGCACUCUGUAGUCCUGGCUGCCUCCAACACUUGAAUGCUAUUCGGACGGUGUGGUGUGGAAUGCUUGUAGUGGCUGCCUUCAUUGAGCAAGUGGUCCUGGAAGUCAACAAGAAGGAAGUCAGAGUAGAGGCCCUGACACUAAAACACUGCAGUCUUAUACAUAAGUUGAUGGAGGAGGCUCCGGAUCUACAGAGCAAAGACUCUCUGGAGCAGCUUAUCCGCAUUCUCAACUCCUACCAUAAUGAGUCCAUCAGCAGAGACUUACGGUUCGGGUUGAUAUGUCCAGUUUGCAUGGAGUCUCUCACAGAGCCAUGUGUUCUGCCCUGUAAGCACAUCCUCUGCCUGCGGUGCCUCCAACAAAUCGUUCAGACAGCAGCAAAGCGCUGCCCCGCAUGCAGGACGGACUUGCCUGCGGACUUCCAGCCGGCUGUCUCUGCGAGUAUCAAGAGAUCACUGGAGCAACACCGCCACAUGAGGAGGUGCUGUGACUCCUUCUUCCUGGAGGUGGUGUCUCGCUUCUGCCUGUGUGAGGGAGAGAGCCCCAGAGAGGAGGUGGUGGAGCUUCUCUUCUCACUCCUCAUCUCUGCACAAGGUGAUGUAUACAAGACAAGAGAGCUCACCCCUUUCCUUGAGUGUGUUGACCAGAGCCCGGUUGUUCGCUCCGUACUCCCCAAACUUCUUCUGCAACACAGCUUCCAGCAGGUGAAGGGUCAUAUCCAGAACUAUCUACAGAACCUGGCGGAGAACCUGAUGAGCAAAGAGGACCGCACUGAGCUCUACCUGCUAUUUGUCAACUGUUUCCAAGAUGCCCUGCGCUUCUCAGCUGGGGCAGUAAAGGACAGGGAGGCAGAGAGGAAGACUCUGCAGGAGGACAUAGCCUUCCUUAGCCGACUGGCCCGUGGGCAGAUCCCCACCAGGCAGCAGGACCCAGCGGAAUUCCUCCUCUCCCUGGCACAACUCCGACUCUGCCUCGCCACCGCUGCCAGUCUGCUGCAGAAGGCUUUGGGGCAACCACAGGGUGAGCUCGGGGAUCUGGGGCAAAAGUACCUGGAGCAGGUGAAGGCGGUUUGUGCGUACCGUGGGAACGACUGGUACCGUGUGUACCUGCUGCGGGUUCUCAACAGACUGGCUGGCAUGGACGGGGUGCUGGCCCUCAUGAACAGCCCCCCCUCGGCCUGGGCCUUCCCUCCGGACGUCAUACGACUGCAGAGGCUAAUUCCAGCAGAUGUGGAUAGGUACUUGUGCAGUGGCCAGUCUUACCGGACGCUUAGGGAUGGGGUUGGACAGGCACUGAUGGAGACUAGAACAGAUGCCCUGAAAGCUGUCCUCCAGGCUGCUGGUGGCUCCAGUGCGGCUGGCCUGGUGCCCCUCUCACUGGCCGUAUUCAGACAGGUCACCUGUCGCCUGGUGUCCCCAGACUCUAACCUCCAUCCAAGACCACAGGAGAUUAAGGCCUUAGAGGACUUCCUAAAAACUAAUAUACCUGGUGACCUGAGAGACUUCUGCACUGCUUUGUUAUCCAAUCGGGUUGGAGGACCGGGCUCUCCCCUACAACUGGACCGUGGCAUGUCUGCUCGCCGGCGCACCCUGCUGGAGCUGCUGGUCCACGCAGGCAGCGUUCUCCACAGUGGGAACCGGCUGCUCUCUCAGCUCCAGCGCAUUGCUUCACAGCCACAGAACAUGACAGGUGCGUUUUUGCCAACCAUGCCAGAUGACAACAGCAGUCAAGCACAACAGUGGAUGGCGACUGGGAGGGAACAAAACCUGAAGAAGUACAAAUGUGCCAAUGGCCAUCUCUCCUUCGUCGGAGAGUGUGGAAAACCUAUGGCUGUAUCCAAAUGUCCAGAGUGCGGCGUUCCGAUCGGUGGCAUGAGCCACAAUCCCGUGGCAGGAUUCACCCUUGCGACUGGAGGAGUGGGCGAUCAGACACAACCCGGGCACAUCCUGGGAGAGGCCAGGCUGAGGUCCGAGGCCCCCGAACGGCAGAUGUCUUCUGUCCAGUCCUGCCUGCUCAGGCUUCUCACUCAUCUGGCCAUGCUGUUGGGGACAGCUCAAAAUCAGCUGGGAGUUCGCGCAAUGAUACAACACCGAGUCCACAAUGUCAUUGAGUUUCUUUACAAUCACCUGGAGAAGGACAUGGAGGUUCUGGGACGCUCUCUGGACCUGAACAUGGAUGACACUGCCAUCAUCGUGCACCUGAUUCUAAGCGCCUCAGCCAGAGAUUCAUACCAGCAGAGGGCAGACUUGGCUUCCAGACAGGGUCGUGAGCGAUGGGAGAAAACAGUUUGUGACUCUGUCAUCACUCCUACACUUCAGGAUCUGAACAGGAAGCUAACACAAGCUCAGGAGGCGGUCAGUGCGGACGACCGAUUGUCCGGCAGCCCCCUCAUGAGGCUCCUCCACUCCGACCCCCGGCCCAUGCUGCCCCUGCCCUCCGACUGCCCCACCCACCAGUCCUCCUUCUGGAACGUUCCGGAAAACCUGAGUGUGGAGCGCCUCAUGCAGGUGGUGGAACAGAGCCAUGAGCGAGACUCGGUUCCUCUGCUCUCCCUCUUCCUCAAGAAGGUCCCGUGUGUGAGGCAGCUGGGCCAUCUGCUGGAGCUGGCGGCCCUACAGGUGGACCUGCUGCGGGUCUUCCCCACAGAGACAGACCUGUCCUCCAGGACCAUCACAGAGGUGCUGCAGCAGAUCCACAAAGGUAAUCAGAAGACACUGCUGGUGGCCCGAGUGGAGACGUUUAUAAAAGUGUGGAACUGUCUCAGGAUGGAGCUGGCAAGAGACUCUGAGAGAGGUGUUCCAAAGGAUCUGUGUGGAAAGGCCCUGUCGAUGGAGAGCUCAGGGGCAUACCUGUCUCCCAGUCGCCAUGGGCCAGGCUCCUGCCUCCGAGUUCUCAUCGACUUCCUGUCCGACACCCACAACAGUCUGGUCAGAGAGACGCGGACACUGAAUCAGGAUGACAGUGAUUACAGCAUCACUGUGGAGGGGCUGUCGGAGACCCAGCUUGCCCUGUGUCAUCCAGAGCGUGAGCUGCUGACCCUGGUGUUGGCUCACUGUCAUUACACCUUGGUGACAGGCAGACAGACGGACAUGAGCUACAACCUGCUGGGCAUUCAGAGAGAACUCUGUCGUAGGUUCCUGGCAGGAAAACCUCUUAUCCAAGUAGACACCUCAAAGUACCUUAACCGCCAUCAGCAGGAUUUCUCUGUUAUCUUGGCAGAUGUCAGCCGUAAAAUACCCCAGGAACCUCUGAAGGGCUCUGUGCUUGGAGACAUGAAGGUAGUGCUAAAAUCUUUCACUGACGUCUGCGAUGCUGUGUUCGCUGUGGAGAUCGGCCUGCGGUUCCUGGGGAAAACCGGUGGUGGUGGAGAACCUAUGCUGGUCCCCUACCUCAGGGACUCACUCAGGAUGGGUCAGCAGAUAUCCAGCAACAUGGUCAAGGCGCUGGGGGAGAACAGCCUGCAGCACUGUGUGGCCACCUGGCAGUUCCUUACCUGCUGGAAAUCAGAGCUGAUGCUCAAAAAAGGACAGGAUCCUUUCCAAAGCCUUCCCAAGGAGUUCCGGGGCAAACUCUUAGAAGAGGAGAGAACUGGAUUGAGGAGGUUUCUUGGCCUGACUGAUGUUGACUUCUUUUCUCGAGAGCUCAAUGAGAUACUUCUCCUGAAGACCAACCCUGAGAAUGAGGAGUCUUACGCACCGCACUGGGACAUCAGAUCCACCCUGGAGAACCAUUUGGACCAAAAGGGCAUGUCACCCCCGCCCGAACUCGAUGAUCUACCAGAGGAGUUGACUAUGGCCAAAUCAGCAGAGAUCUGGAAAUUUACCGUGGCCUUCAAAACAUGACCAUUUUUGGCUUAUGUUUGACUGAUCCAAAUGGGUCAGAAUUAAGGGCUUUAUUUGUUUGUUUAUUUACAAAUUUGUGUCCUAGUUUUGUUUUGAACAGCAGGUCCUUUGUUGUGAAAUUCUGUCUCUCUGUCUCCCUCAAACUGUUCCUUGCAUCACCUAUGUGUCGCAUACUCUUAAUUUACAGUGAUUACAUUGCAUGUGCAUUGAAUGUGCCUACCUGAAACAAGCACGUGGAGGGAUGGACUGUUUUUCUCCUUGCGUUGGUCUCUUUUUUAUGCUUUUGGAUGUGGGUUUUACCUACCUGAUUUAUGAGAUGUAUUGAUCACAUUUUGUAAAUAUAGAUUAUUUGCACUGAUGGGAUAUACAUCAUAAUGUAUAAUAACAACAUAGGUGUAAUUUAAAAUGCUUCAUUUGCACACUCUAUGGCAUACUGUGAAUGAUCUUUAAUACAUUUAUCUUUAAUAAUA